AUGGCGGCGCUGGGCGGCGGCGGACUGCGGCUGCUGUCGGUGUCGGGGCCGGGGCGGGAGCCCGAGUCAGCGGCGCUGAACGGCGCGGGUCCUGGCCUGUGCUGCUGGGUGUCCGUGUGUUCGUGCCUCAGCCUCGCCUGCUCCUAUGUGGGCAGCCUCUACGUGUGGAAGAGCGACCUGCCCAGGGAUCACCCUGCGGUCAUCAAGCGGAGAUUCACCAGCGUACUCAUAGUGUCCAGCCUCUCCCCGCUCUGCGUGCUGCUUUGGAGGGAGCUCACAGGCCUCCAGCCAGGCAUCCCCCUGUUCACCCUGAUGGGCUUCAGGCUGGAGGGCAUCUUUCCCGCCGCGUUGCUGCCUCUGCUGCUGACCAUGAUCCUGUUCCUGGGUCCCCUGAUACAGCUCUCCAUGGACUGGCCCUGGCCCUGGGACCUGGUUAAUGGGCUGAAAGGGGCCCUCGCUCCCCAGGCCUGGGUGCAGUCCCUGACCGACAUGAGAUGGCUGCGGAACCAGGUGAUCGCACCUCUGACGGAAGAGCUGGUGUUUCGGGCCUGCAUGCUGCCCAUGUUGGCCCCCUGCACGGGCCUGGGCCCUGCCAUCUUCACCUGCCCCCUCUUCUUUGGUGUUGCCCACUUCCACCACGUGAUUGAACAGCUCCGUUUCCGCCAGGGCAGCGUAGGGAGCAUCUUCUUGUCGGCGGCAUUCCAGUUCUCCUACACGGCGGUCUUUGGGGCGUACACGGCCUUUCUCUUCGUCCGCACAGGGCACCUGAUUGGACCCGUCCUCUGCCAUUCUUUCUGCAACUACAUGGGCUUCCCCGCAGUCUGUGCCGCCCUGGAGCACCCCCAGAGGUGCCCCCUGCUGCUGAGCUAUGCUUUGGGCGUGGGGCUCUUCAUGCUCCUGCUGCAGCCCCUCACAGACCCCAAACUGUACAGCAGCCUCCCCCUCUGCCUGCUCCUGGACCGAACCUGGGAUUCAGCCCCGCCCCUGUGCUCCUGACCUCUGCCUCCUCCCCGCAGACUGGGGGGAAUUCUGGGAGGGGGCGAGGCCUGGCCUGCCCUUGGCCCCAAGCUGCUCCAUCUCCGGACGGUUGUUCCCCGGGCUCCUGGGCCUCGUUGAAGCUGCUCGGGGGUUGGGAAGGAGCAGACCCCAGCCUCCUAGUCCGUCAGUCCGUCCGUCUGUCUGUCUGUCAUCCGGUCAUCUUCGUCUUUUUGCAUCAGACUUUGUAUUCGAAUAUUAAAGAGAUUUAACUUGGUA